AUGGCCAAGCGACUCCUUGAGCGGGAUAGUCCAGAGGACCGGUUAGAGAUUUCUCCUCAACUCCAAAAAUCAAAAAUGCCCAUAAUAAACUCCUUUGGUCCUCUAGAGAUGUACAUUGAUAAGGAGGAGGGAGUUGCCCUGCAGGCUGAUAAUGGAAAAUACUGGAGUUGCAUUUCAUACGAUUCAGAAGGUCACAAGAUGUACAUUGAAGCUGCAAAAGCAAACAAAGAUGACUGGUGUAAGUUUCAUGUAACCAAAACUUCAGAUGGGAAAGCCCUUUUGAAAGAUCGAAGAGGAAUGUAUCUGAGUAGAUACCAUGAAAGUGGCAUUAAUUAUAUUAGACCAGUAAAGUCUGCCCCAGAUGAGUACUGUAAAUUUAGUGUCUUUACCGAUAACAAUAAGAUCCUCCUUAGGGCUGACAGUGGAAUGUAUGUCAGUAGAAUAUACAGAAAGCACCAGAACAUCGAGGCAGCAAAAGAAGGGCCCGAUGAGUGCUGUAGAUUUGCACUGAGCCUCGGCGAUGUUGUUGAGCCAUCUUUUAAAAUUCUCAGCGUUGAAGUCAAAGAUUUUAACCCAGACCAAAUCGAAACUCCCACUGCUGUUGCAGAGCAAAGCUACACUAAUAAUACCAGCAUUGCUCAAAGCCACACUUUCAAACUGUCUUGGGAGCAAAAAACCAGUGAAACGACCACCUGGAACCAAGCUUGGGGUUUCAGUUCAUCGUUAUCUUGUGAUUUCAAAAUUGUAAACUUCAGCGCCACAGUUUCUUACAAUGGAUCAUAUGAGAAAUCCUCAACUUUGGAGAAGACGGUAACAGUGGCUGAUGAGACCACAAUCAAUGUCCCCCCGAAAUCAAAGGUGGUUGCUAAAUUAAUUGUUUACAAAGAUGAUAAUGCUGUUGUUCCAUUUACAGCUAAAAUUAAGAAAAUUGAUGGCAAUGGAGUUGAAACAAUCUUGACUGAAGAUGGAACUUGGAAUGGAAUAUUUUACAAUAAAGUGAAUAUUAAUGCAUCAGAAGAACCAAUAUAAGCAGAAU